AUGACAAGAGCUGAGAUGUCGUCUGAUGAUGAAGAUACACCUUUAUCUCAAACUAUUUCAAGAAAAAAUCAGAGAGUAAGGAAAAUUGUUCCUGAAGAGGAUUCUGAUUAUGAUAGUGAUGAUGUUUUGUCUAAACAACCAAAAAAGAAAAAGACAAAAACUUUAUCAAAGGAAAAAAAAAUUAAAGUUAAAUCAGAUAGUGAUGAUGAUGAUGAUGAAGUAAUGUCUAAGAAACUUGAAAAGAAGAAAAAAAAGAAGAAAACCAAAACAAUUAAAAAAUCUAUUAAGAAAGAAAAAGAGACAGAAAAUGAUUUGAAGGAAGAAGAAAAUAACGAUGAUGAAGAGGAAGACAAAGAAGAAUCUUAUAAAUGGUGGGAAGAAGGAGAUGUGAAAGAUAAUGGUUGGACAAGUCUUGUUCAUAAUGGUGUCAUGUUUCCUCCUGAAUAUGAACCAUUACCAUCGCAUAUUAAGCUUUAUUAUGAUAAUCAACCUGUAGAAUUACCACCAGAAGCUGAAGAAGUUGCUGGAUUUUAUGCUGCAUUGUUAGAGACAGAUCAUGGUAAAAAUCCAGUAUUUCAAAAAAAUUUCUUUAACGAUUUUUUACAAAUCUUAAAAGAAAAUGGUGGUACAUUAAAUGGUAUUGAAAUUAAAAGUUUUGAUAAAUGUGAUUUCUCUAAGAUUUAUAAUUAUUUUGAAGUUUUAAAAGAGGAGAAAAAAAAAUUAUCCGCUCAAGAGAAGAAAGAAUUAAGACUUGAAAGACAAAAGGAGGAAGAAAUUUAUAAAUUUUGUGAAUUGAAUGGUAGAAAAGAACAAGUUGGUAAUUUUAGAGUUGAACCCCCUGAUUUAUUUAGAGGUCGUGGUAAACAUCCAAAGACUGGUAAAUUAAAACGUAGAGUUCAUCCUGAAGAUAUUGUAUUAAAUUUAAGUAAGGAUGCACCAAUCCCUAAGCCACCAAAGGGACAUAAAUGGGGUGAAAUCAGACAUGAUCCAAACGUUCAAUGGUUAGCCAUGUGGCGUGAAAAUAUUUUUAAUUCAUUUAAAUAUGUUAGACUGGCCGCUAACUCUUCAUUAAAGGGACAAAGUGAUUUAAAGAAGUUUGAAAAGGCUCGUGAAUUGAAGUCUCAUAUUGAUUCUAUUAGACGUGAUUAUAAAAGAAGCUUAAAGAGUAAAGUCAUGUUAGAACGUCAGAAGGCUGUUGCUAUUUAUCUUAUCGAUGUAUUUGCAUUAAGAGCAGGUGGUGAAAAAUCAGAAGAUGAAGCAGAUACAGUUGGUUGUUGUUCCUUACGGUAUGAACAUGUUACUUUACAACCACCGAAUAUUGUUAUCUUUGAUUUCUUAGGUAAGGAUUCUAUUCGUUUUUAUCAAGAAGUUGAGGUUGAUAAACAAGUCUUUAAAGAUUUAAUUAUUUUUAAGAGACCUCCAAAACAACCAGGUCAUCAAUUAUUUGACAGAUUAGAUCCAUCUAUCCUAAACAAACAUUUGCAGAGUUAUAUGCCAGGUCUUACCGCUAAGGUGUUCCGUACUUAUAAUGCUUCAAAGACAAUGCAAGAUCAAUUGGAUUUAAUUCCAAAUGAAGGUUCUGUUGCUGAAAAACUAUUAAGAUACAAUGCAGCAAAUAGAACUGUGGCCAUUUUAUGUAACCAUCAACGGUCUGUCACAAAGGGUCAUGCUCAAUCUGUUCAAAAGGCAAAUUUUAGAAUCAAAGAACUUAUAUGGCAACGUAUAAGGUUAAAGAAAAGUAUAUUACAAUUGGAUAAAAAAUUACGUAAAAAGAAUCCGAAAUUUUAUGCCGAAAUCGAUGAUUUAACAAAAGAAGAUGAAAUUGAGAUUCACGAAAAGAUUAUUGAACGUGAAAAUGAAAAAUAUCAACGUAAAUUUGUUCGUGAAAAUGACAAACGUAAGUUUGAAAAUGAAGAAUUAUUAGAGGAAAAAGUUUUAAAUGAAUGGCUAGAGAAAGUAGAAGAUUUAAAGAAAGAAUUCGCUGAAGAAAUAAAAACUGGUGAGAUUGUUUUAAAACCAACUUUAAACACUGUUGAAAAAUUAGAGAAACAAAUCGAGAGAUUAGACUUAAGAAUUGAAACUUCUUCAAUUCAAUUAAAGGAUAAAGAAGAAAAUUCUGAAGUCUCUCUAGGUACUUCCAAGAUUAAUUAUAUCGAUCCUAGAUUAUCAGUAGUCUUUUGCAAGAAAUUUGGAGUCCCCAUCGAGAAGAUUUUCACUAAGUCUCUUAGAGAAAAAUUUACUUGGGCUAUUGAAUCCGUUGACGAGAAUUGGAGGUUCUAG